AUGCCAGUACUGGCGAGCAAAAACAAGCAGCAGCUGCAGCUCAAGCAGAAGCAGCAGCAGCUCGACGACAACCCGGCCGUGUCGGCGUUCCUGUCGCCCAAGUCGCGCAUCUUUGCCGGCGGCCAUGCGCGCGCCAAGACGGCCAAGCAGCUCACGCCCGACGAGGUGGCCAACAAGGUGGCCAGCAUGCUCAAGCCCGGCCCGCCCUUUUUCAGCAAGGUCAGCAACGCCGACCUGCUCGACUUUAUCAGCGACCAGUCCAUCAUGAACUGCGACGCGCUCCGCCAGCAGGCCCAGGUCAACCGCGAGGCGCGCCUGCGCAUGCAGAGCCAGGCCACGUUUGCCGUCGCCAGCGCCGACGGCGGGGCGGACGACGCGUGGGACGACGUGGCACCGGUCGUGGGACGCCGGCCCUCGGACGGCCCCGUCGCCCCGCCGGCGUCGACUACAUUAUACGAAGUUAUACGAGACGUGGGCACCGUCUGGAGCGCCCUCGAGGCCCUGCCCGCCGGCGUCAACUGGGGCCGCAUCCCCGGCGCCACCGCCUCGGACUCGGCCUCGGCCUCGGCUUCGGCCUUGGUCGCCGGCGAUGCCAACGCCGCAAAGGACCUCGAGGACGAUGGUCUGUGGUCGGCCAUCACGCUGACGUGCGACAUUGACUGCACCGAGGUGCGCGUCGGCCGCUCGGUCGUCGUGCCCACCCAGGAGCUGCAGAAGCACAACUUCUUUCGCGGCAACGCGCGCGCCCUGGUGCGCGACAUUGGCGCCGGAACGCGAUACUCGUGGGACGACCUCAAGAAGUCCAGGUCCGGCCCCAGGUCCAAGGUGGGGGGCACGCUGUCCUCGACGGCCAGCUACCUCUCGCUCAACGCCUACACCAACCCGGAGUUUACGGCCCUGUGGAAGCUGCCGAGCUGGGUGCCCUUUUUCGGCAGCGACAGCAGCAACAAGGGCGCCAAGGACGCCAAGCCCACGGCGCCUUCGGGCGGCGAUGCGGGCCAGGGGCAGAAGCGCAUCUGGGUUCCCUCGACGACCAAGGUGUCGCUGCACGCCAGCUGGUGGGGCUUCAACAUCUACCUGCCCGAGGCCAUCAUCGGCAAGCUCGACGGCGACGUCGACGAGGCCGAAAAGAUUGCCAACCUCGUCAACAAGUGCCUCACGUUUAUCCUCGACAACAUCCCCGCCGGCCUGCCGACGGCGCUGGGCGCCGUCAUCACCAUCCUCAAGGCCAUUGCGCCGACGACGGGCUACAUUUCGACCUUUAUCGGCUGGAGCUGGGAUACGAUCAAGAGCUUUGACAAGGGCCAGGGCGUCGUGCUCAGCGCCACGUGGAUCCUGCCCGUCGCCCUCAUCCCGCGCGCCUGGGAUGCGCCCGUCGCGGCGACGCCUGGCGCUACCCCCGUACCCAGCGUGCCCAACUCGCCCACGACUCCCGCUCCCGAGCUGCCGUCCGACCAGACGCCCGCCCCGGCCGAUCCAAACGCACCGGCACCAGCGCCAACGCCAACGCCAGCUCCAGAGGUUCCUUCCACAUCUCCCGCACCGGCACCUGCACCCGGACCGGCACCUACACCGGCUCCAUCGACGGAGGCACCACCAUCCACCUCGACGCCCGACACCGUCUCCGACAUGCCACGGGUGGGCGAAGGGAUGAUGCGAGCCCAAGAUGCGACGGCCGCGCCAGAUGUACCGAGUUCGGUUCCCCUGCCCGUCUUUGACGAUCCGCCGCUUUCCCCCGCCACGGGACUGCCCGCACCGGGCGCGACGCCCCCGCCAAAGGAUCCGAGCAGCGAGCCCAUCGACCUCAGUCCGCCUCCGCGCGCUCCCGGAGGCGGCGGCGGCGGGCGCGAACUCUACCCCGGUGACGCACUCGGACGCGGUGGCGAUAAGGCCCAGCAACCCGCUAUGGGAUCGACUCCCCCGCCACCCGGUCGCGUCCCUAUCGAUGCGGAGAGCUAG